UCACUCUCUCUCUCUCCGUCUCUCUCACGCACGAUGAGUGAGAUUAUUUCCUUCUAUCAGUUCUCUAUUCCCCAACCCUGCGAUCCGAGAAAAUGGAUCCCAACCCGAACAGGGCCGAGGCGGAGCGCCUCCUCGAGAUGGCCGGGAAGCUCCUCGAGGGCCGCGACCUCACCGGCGCCAGGGAAUUCGCCACCCUCGCCCAGGAGACCGACCCCUUGAUUGACGGCUCCGACCAGAUCCUGGCUGUGGCGGAAGUCCUCCUCGCCUCCGAGAAGCGCGUCAACGGCUACUACGACUGGUACGGUGUCCUCCAGAUUGCCGGCGGAUCGGACGAUCAGGAGCUUAUCAAGCAGCAAUACCGCCGUUUGGCCAUCCUCCUCCGCCCGGACAAGAACAGGUCACCCUACGCCGAUCAGGCCUUCCAGUUGGUCAACGAGGCCUGGGCCGUCCUAUCCAAUCCGGAUCAGAAGACCGUCUACGAUAGGGAGCUCAGGGUUUUCUCCAAGGUCGACCUGCCGGAGAGCAACAGCGGUCAGCCGGCGGGGAAGAAAUUGCCCGUAAAGCGGGGCAGGCCGCCCGCCGCCCCCCGGGAGGCGGCUCUGGAUCGGGGGGAGAAGCUAUCGAGCUUCUGGACGGGGUGCCCCUACUGCUGCAGGCUGUACGAGUACCCGAGGCUGUACGAGGACUGCUGCAUGAGGUGUCAGAGCUGUCAGAGGGCCUUCCAGGCUGUCCGGCUGCCCUCCCUGCCUCCGCUCAUCCCGGGGAAGGACGCCUACCUCUGCCCGUGGGGCGGUUUACCCUUCGUAGCCAUGCUUGGAACUGGUGGCACCUCGGAAGGGUUCCCGCUUUGGCCGCCACCCCAACCGCCACUUCCUUUCCCGGGGUACGGGCAGCAGACCGUAAAUCCACCCCCACCCGCACCUACGCCUCCUAUGGUAGUGGUGGGGCCAGCAGGGGGCAAUGUUGGGGGCGUGGUUCCGGCCGGUGAGGUAGCUAGAGAGAGUGUAGCGCAAAGGAAGAGGGGACGGCCCCGGAAGAAUCCGGUGUGAUAAGGGAGUUAGUCAUUGUUCAUUGGAGAUGGACUUCCACGAUCAAAUGGUUUAUGGUCGAGAAAAUCAGUCGACUGUUUUCCACGGCAAUAAUUGCUCGGGGAUCGCGGACGGUUCGGAUUUACGACAACAAGAGGUAAUUGUAAAGGGCUGAAGCCCAAAAUUUUGCUGAGAUUGGAGAAGGCGAACAGAAUUCGAAAAUUUUACUGUAAAAAGUGUAGGAUUUAUAGUUGGUUGGAGGAAUAUGUGUUUGUUGAGUUGUUUGUUUGUAGAAUUCAGGUGUGUCCUGUCCUGUCCUUGUUAACUGACAUCCUCAUUGGGAUUGUGAAUUAGACAGUUAAGACUGCAGUGUGUGGCAAACAGUAAUUAGUCAAAUAGCAAUCUAUACUGAUGAUACAGGCUUUACGCUUCAUGUGGACUUCUUUCUUGAUAAAUAAAAGGAGUCGGGGGUGAUCAGCAUAGGAUGAGUUUCAGUUCAUGAGGAUUUUAGUCGUGGCCCUUCUUCUUGAAGGUGUCAACAAAUUUGCUUCAGCCUUCAGGUCACUUAGGCUGAAAAUUCGAGUGUCAGCAGCAGACGCUUAAAGCACCCUCUGGUAUGCACCCUGCAACGAGUUUUGCUCCUUGUCUCCCAUUAAGUAUCAGUUUGGGCAUUAUCGUUUACUCAGUAUUGUUUUAGCCAUUGAGGAAUCUAAAAUAAGUUUGUUUUGCCCAUAAUGAAACCGUUAAUUUGAACGUUAAAUAGUCGCAUUAUUCUUUUUCGGUAAUAACAGGUUGCCCUAUGAUUCUCUGCUGCCAUUUUAUUGCUGGUUCUUUUCUAUUCCGGAGUCACGUAUAAUUUGAAAUAAGCAAGUAAGCCUUGCGACCCUUUAUAUUUGUUGGAAUCUUUGUCGUUUCUGUCAAUUGUCUUUUUUAUUGAAUUAAGGACUUAGGUUUGAAGGAAAAAAAUAAAUGAGACUGCGUGUUGAUUGUUUAUAUGUUGAUAGAAUACGAAAAAGUUACGAACUUGGGGGCCAGUUCACUUCUUAUAGUUGUCUAAAGGGACAUUUCUUAGCUUUGAACCAAAGGUAGAAGUUAUUAGGAUCUUAAUGAAAACAAAUAAAUUGAUCGGUUAACCUUUAUUUAGUGUGUGUGUGUGUGUGUGUGUGUGUGUGUGUGUGUGUGUAUACACAUAUAUACAUAACACGGUAACGCAAAUAAUUUUUGGACACUUUAUAAAUUGCAGUAUGGGUCUUAGGAAUUUUCUUGCAUUUGUUUUAGCAUCUGCUUUUAGAAUAGUUAAAAUGAAACUUUGUACUUUGCGUAAUCAGUUAACUGUACGUAUAUAUCAAUUAUUCCACUGCACAGGUGAAACCUUAAAACCCUUCUUUGGAGGAAAUACUACCAUGUAGUCUUUCUCUUCCGAUGAGUAUGAUCAUGAAGGUGAAAGUGGGCAAGAUAUGAUGGUCGUUGUUGUGGAUGCAACAAUCGCUCCGUCAACUGUGUAAGACCACUAUUGGUUUGAACCAGAUUUGACAUGAAUAUGAAAAGCAUUGCGUUGCUAGUUAGAAACGCACGUACCAAAUGUAACAUUAAUGCAUACCACACUCACUAUUCUUCACAUUGAUUGACAACAUAAAUAUUAUAUCAUGUUACUUAUUUUCAAUAAUAUUCAUACGUUUUCUUA